AUGAUUGCUCAGUAUAAUUAUUUCAAAAUAAAGAUACUUGCAAGUAGCAAAGUUGAAAUAAAACAAAAAGAGUCUUCAGCUUCCAAACAUAAAUCCAUGCAAGAGAAGCUAAUGCCAUUUGAAUCUGAGAAAUUUCUUGAUUACGAUUCAUUCAAAAACAUUCUUGACUGAGUCCAAAUUAUCAAAGACAUUAAAGUUCUACAACAAAAAGUGGCGUUUCUCAUCGAAACGAGUCCAGUCUUGAAUGGUCAAGUCACACUCACUCAUGCUAAAAAGACACAGAAAUAACUCUGAAGCCAGUAGACAGUAAUCAGCAACAAGGGUACCCAAUAUGAACAAGAACUAUACAAUGGCCACUAAAACUCAGGGGAGAGAUCCAAAGAGAAACCGAGUGUUUUCAUUCCCAGACUAUAAAACCUGUUCUUCCAAAUAGCAUUCGGAAGCCUCGUCUGUUUAAAAGUCCGAGUAAAUUCAAAAGAAAAAUCCUAA